UUGUAUUUACUAUAGUUUUCUUAGCAAAUAAAUUUGGACAGUAAUAUAGAAGUUUUAUCUUUGCAAGAGCUGUAGAAGCAAAAUUUCUGUGAAAUGUUCCAAAAAUGGCUAAAUCUGAAAAAUCUGAUAAAUUAGUUACAUCUAUGAAUGGAAGUAAAGAUACAACACAUGUAAGCUUUUUAUGUCAGGAAUGUUACCAACCCUUACGAAUUGACACUUCACUUUAUUCACUUGACCAAGAGUUGUACAAAGAUUUAGAAACUUCAUUUCCAAAUUUAAAUAGCGAGGAGCCCAUUGAUAAUGAUUGUAAGGGUAUGGAAGAUAUCAUGAAGUUUUCUGAUGUUAUUCGACAGAUCAUUCAAUCAAAAACAUCAUCAGGGGCUGGUAAUGGUUUUGCUCUUAUUGGUGAAGCAGCUAGUGGAGCUAAAGCUGAUAAUUUUAGUCACAGAAUAAAGAUUUCUGCUCAACUCUUUGAUAUUAUGUCAGGAAACACAGAUAUAGAUCACCCUCUAUGUGAAGAGUGUACUGACAGCUUGUUAAACAAACUAGAUGUUCAGCUUCAUAUAGCUGAAAAUGAAUUAGAGAGUUAUCAAGAUUUACUAUUGACUUUGCAAUCUCAAGGUGAAGAUGAGGAUCCAGAUUUAGAUGAAGAACUAAGGCUUUUGAGAUUAGAAGAAAAAGAGUUAAUGGAAGAGCUGGCAAACAUUGAAAAAGAGCACAAAAAACUUGAAGAUGAUGAGAAAGAGAUGUUAGAAGAAAAAGAAAGAUUAACAAAAGAAGAGAAUAAAUAUUGGAAAGAAUACUCCAUACACCAGCAAAAUUUACUUAACUUUGAAGAUGAACAAAACAGUGUGUUAAACCAACUUCAAUAUGCACAGUCACAACUUGAUAAACUUCGAAAAACUAAUGUUUUUAACAGCACAUUUCACAUAUGGCACAAAGGGCAUUUUGGAACAAUAAACAAUUUUAGACUUGGAAGACUACCGAGUGUGCCGGUUGAGUGGAACGAAAUAAAUGCAGCUUGGGGCCAAACUGUUUUACUGCUUCAUUCAUUAGCUAAAAAAAUAGGAGUCAAGUUCAAAAGAUACCAGCUGGUGCCAUAUGGGAAUCAUUCAUAUUUAGAAUGUCUAGAUGACAAAGCCAAGGAAUUACCAUUGUAUGGAUCAGGUGGUUUUCGUUUCUUUUGGGAUACCAAAUUCGAUCAUGCUAUGGUUGCAUUUCUUGAUUGUCUCCAGCAGUUUAAAGAAGAAGUAGAGAAAGGAGAUUCUAAUUUUAAUCUUCCGUACAGAAUGGAGAAAGGAAAGAUAUAUGAUUCUUCUGAAAAUGGAGUCUAUUCCAUAAGGAUUCAAUUUAAUUCAGAAGAACAUUGGACAAAAGCUUUAAAGUAUAUGCUCACUAAUCUGAAGUGGGGUUUGGCUUGGGUAUCAUCGCAAUUUGCUGACAAAUUAACGUGAAGUUUUUGUGUAAUAUUAUAUAUACGAGCAAUUCAUGAAAGUUGUUGGUCCAUUUAACAAAGCAACCUAAAAAAUUUCGAGUAUGAAAAAAGAUGAUCGUUCGACCGGCAGUUUAGCUUACGUUACAAAAAAAAUAAAGCUAAUAGGUAUCCCAACAUUUAGGUAUUGUGAAUUGUAUCGAAACUUUCUACAGAAUGUUGUGAAUUCGGUAUCAAUUAGAAAAAGAGCAAAUCACUUUAAGUACGAGUGACUUUCUUAUUUUCUUAGACUCUUUACAAUAAAGUAUCGUUACCAGGACGUGGACGAGUGUUUUAUUUGGAAAAACCGUUCCGCACUUGUAGGAGGCCUGCAAAAAAAUAAAAUUUUUGACUUAAUUCUAGUUUUCAUCUGACCUUUUCUUAAAUAACCUUUUUAAUUAAUUUAUUAAAACUUAUCAACCAGUGUUUUUAUGAAAUUUUUUAAAAAAUCUUUUAAAAUUACGAUUAAUAACGUCAUAAUUCUUUUUUAAACGUCUUAAAACUUCUUUGUAAGUUGUUAUGAAAUACGUAGUCUGUACCUUGUAAAAAAAAAUUAAAAAUUGACAAAGCCUUUUGGUUAAUUCAUACCGCCACAAGGUGGUUCCACAGAAAUUUUUAAUUUUAAUUUUUUUAGUAAAAUAAUAUAAUUCAUAAAUCAGUUGUAUAAAUUUGAUUUAAUAAACAAAUUAUUGAUUUAUUCAACUUUGUUAAAUGUAUUGAAUAUCAUUAUUAUAAUAAAAAAAAAUAAAAAUUUUAAA